UAUAAAAGAAGAAAUCUGCAAGCGCUUCAUUCUUUUCUACUCUGGCGAGUACAAACAUUCGAUUUUUAGAGUUUUGUCUUCAGGCUCCAGCGAUUGAAAAAUGAAUAUUAUUUUUCCUACCAUCUUUGCUGUAAUUCUAGCUUUAGCUCAUGCAGCUCCUACAACUGAUCUAAAACCAGAGAUCCAAAAACGGCACGGCCUAGGAGUACUUGGUCUUGGAGUGGGAGUUGGUGGUCACAUCGGAGUCGGUGGUCACAUCGGAUUAGGAGUUGGAAGCUAUGGCCAUUCAGGAAUUCAACAAGCUGGAUAUGGACACGGCAGGUAUGGCCAUGGUUACGCUAGUCAUUCUUCAGGGAGUUACAACCGAGGUAGCUAUGAAAGAGGAGUUUACAAUCAAGGCUCUUACCAGCAAGGUCAUAGAGGGCACAUAUCCCGUGGUCAUGGUGGAUAUGGGCAUGGUGGUCGUUAUGGAGCUUUUUAUAAAUAAACAGCUUCAAUAUUCCCUGGCAUGUGUUCAUUAAAUAUGUUUCUAUUCAAUGUCACUUAGAUUAAAGAGAACAAGUUUAUGUCAAUUUUUGAAUUUUAACAUUAAUAAUAUUGGUCUUUAAUUUAUUUUUGCUUUUCAAUAAAAGUAUUUUUAAUGGA